UCACCGUCUGAAAUGUCAUUGUUUACAUUUUUUUGCAUUUUCCAUUGCCGGCUUACAUCUUUCUUUGUAAUUCCUAAUUUAAACAUAAUUUAAACGGCCAUGCAGGCCGAAAUGAGCGACUAUGUGACCUAUAGAUCAGACGAACUGGAUUUGCUUUCGUGGCGAUCGGUGAAGGAAAGUUUGGAUAGCUUUUUGGUGACAAUACCGACGGUCUUGGGAUUCGUCCUUUGCCGCCUCUUUUGUGGACACCUCCCGCCGAAAUGCUGGCGGAGAUUCCUGCUGGAGUUCCUCUUGAUUGGAUUGCCCACCGUGAUUUUAGUGACCGUGGGCAGUGCCCACAACUACACCUACUCCAUGCUGGUUUCCAUAGCCAUUGUGGGCUAUAUUCACGGAAAUGUGGCUCCCAAUCCAAUGAAUCACAAAUAUGAGAUCGGAAAACGACCCAUAGUCUUCACCCUGCUGAGGGCCACCGCCUACAGUGGAACCUGCGCCGCCAUCCUGGCCGUGGACUUCCCAUCCUAUCCCACUGUCUACCGCAAGAGCCGGACUUUCGGAGCCUCCGCCAUGGACAUGGGCAUCGGUCUGUUUGUGGUGACCAUGGGAUUGGUCUCACAUCGAACCAGGAACACCGCUGACCUGAGGAAACUGCCCAGAUCCGUGGUGCCACUGCUAGUUUUGGGCCUGGCACGCACCAUCGUCAUCACGUCGAUCGACUAUCACCAGGAUGAGUCCGAAUAUGGCAAGCACUUAAACGCCUUCUUCAUUCUGGGCCUCACCAAACUGAUGGGCAGCCUGUACAGUGCGCUAGUGCACUCGGAUGACCAGCUCCUCGCACUUUCACUUGGUCUACUUUUCCUUCACGAACUGCUGCUCCAAUCCGGUCUGGGUGAGUUUGUGAUGUCGUCUUCGCCCCACGACGGAUUUUUGAGUGCCAAUCGGGAAGGUUUGAGUUCCCUACACGGAUGCGUGGCCCUGUACCUGCUCAGCAUUUACUUUGCCAGGUGGUACACCUCCCAAGAUCACCUCAGUUACCAACAGCUUACCAUUAAGUUAAAGAAAAUGCUUUUGGCAGCUAUCCUCUGCUGGAUAUUGGUUUUUAUUAGCGCAUAUCUAACAGGCAUUGCUCGUGUUACCUUUAAUUUUGGCUAUGUAACUUGGAUUUCCGCUGUCUGCCUGAGCUUAGUUCUGAUAUAUGCCUAUUUCUUUGAACUAAAACUAGUAAACUCCGAACAAAAUAAUAGGAAAUCGGCAGGAGAUAGUGAGCAAAGGGGUCAAUCUUUGCCCUCGUUUGUGGAGAGCCUCAACAUGAAUGGACUGACUCACUUCAUGCUCUCGAACUUUCUCACGGGAAUGGUCAACAUGACUUUGAACCCGGGCAACCGAGGAAAUCUGGAAUCGGUUGUUAUACUAUGUAUAUAUGUGUUUGUUUGUGCUGGAGUCGUUUUUGUUAUGAUGAGAAAGGGUAUACGUAUAGCUUAAAGUAUAUGUAUUGCCUAACUAAAAAAUGUGUGUGAUAAAUGUUUGUAUUUAAAUAGAAGUAAAGAUUAAAGUUUUUUAAUUUAA